AUGAAAAACCACACAGUACCCACAGAAUUCAUUCUUCUAGGGCUGUCAGAUGACCCGGAGCUUCAGAUUGUGAUUUUUCUCUUUUUAAUUAUCAUGUAUAUAUUAAGCAUCACUGGAAACUUGACCAUCAUCACUCUCACCUUGGUGGACUCCCAUCUACAGACUCCUAUGUAUUUCUUCCUCAGGAACUUUUCUGUAUUAGAAAAAAGGGGAAAAAUGAGCAUGGAGGAUAAUAACAUCAAUGGAACCCCUCAGAAGAGAAAGCACAAAAACAUAGCCAUGGAUAACAUGUAUUUUCAAAAGAGAGAAACUAUAGUGAUCGGUUGUUUAACCUCCAUCACUGGAAACUUGACCAUCAUCACUCUCACCUUGGUGGACUCCCAUCUACAGACUCCUAUGUAUUUCUUCCUCAGGAACUUUUCUGUAUUAGAAGUAACCUUUACAACUGUCUGUAUCCCUAGAUUUCUGGGCUCAAUUAUCACCAGAGACAAAACUAUUUCCUACAAUAAUUGUACAGCUCAGUUGUUUUUCUUCAUCUUCAUGGGGAUAACCGAAUUUUACCUUCUAACUGCUAUGUCCUAUGAUCGUUACGUAGCCAUCUGCAAACCCCUGCACUACACAACCAUCAUGAACAAGAGAGUCUGCAUAUUGCUUGUCUUUUGUGCUUGGUUGGCAGGAUUCUUAAAUAUCUUUCCACUAGUUAUUCUUUUUCUCCAGUUAGAUUACUGUGGCUCCAAUGUCAUCAAUCACUUUACCUGUGACUACUUUCCCCUGUUACAAUUAUCCUGCUCAGACACAUGGCUCCUAGAAGUGAUUGGCUUUUACUCUGCAAUAGUGAUUCUGCUUUUCACUUUGGCAUUAAUCAUUCUAUCCUACAUGUUCAUCAUCAGGACAAUUUUGAGACUUCCUUCUGCUACUCAGAGGAAAAAGGCAUUUUCUACAUGCUCCUCUCACAUGAUUGUCAUUUCCAUUUCUUAUGGAAGCUGCAUAUUCAUGUAUGCUAAUCCCUCUGCAAAAGAAAAAGCAUCCUUGAUCAAAGGAGUAGCUAUUCUCAAUACUUCUGUUGCUCCCAUGAUGAAUCCAUUUAUAUACACCCUGCGAAACCAGCAAGUAAAGCAAGCCUUUAAGGACACCAUCCAAAAGGUUAUGUUUUUCUCUAGUAAAUGA